GAAGUUUGUUCUUUACAGCGGUUUUAUCAGUCCCAAACACACACAGGAAUUCCGGUUUGGGGAAUGACCAUCCUGAUUCCUCACUUCCACAGGAAGGUUCAAUAAAAAGAAGCCCUAACACCGCGAAAGCAUUUCAUUUCUCGCAUGUCUGGACGGAGCAGUAAAGGCUACAAUGACCUGUUUCUGGAGCUCAAACCUGCUUCUAUGGACCUCCUCGCAUCUCAGCUGGACCAGCAUAGACUCGGAAACAGAUACAUAAUUUUCAGCAAUGGAUGGAUUUAAGCUUUCGUGAUUAAUCGGGCCCCUGAGGGCCACCGAUGAAGAAAAGCCAAGACCGAGAUGUAACUUCUCGAGAUGCAGAAGGCUUGAAAAGAAGAAGUCAACGGCAUACAAUCCAAGGAGUGGAAAUUUUGAACGACAACUGUUCAUAAAGGGCUGCAUGAAGCAUUUAAAAGCAGCUGGUGAAUAAAUUCCAGCUGAAAUCAAGAGUUUGCCUGGAUGUAAAUCUGGGAUUUACUAUUUAUUUAUUUUUUUUUAAUGUAUAAGAUAACUGUAAUGUGUUAAAGUUCUUGAAGUGGUUGCGUGAUGUUAGGCCUACUAAUAAAUAAAAUCAAGGAAGAAUGCAUUUAAUAAAGAAGCAAUAAUGGUUGAAUUAUUUGUCAUUGCCUAUAGGUUGAUGGCUCCGUGGGGUCUGAUGAACGUGCUAACUUUGUUUGCUUUUGUAAUAAAACUAAUCUCAUCAGUAAUGCAAUAGUAAUGCAAGUAACACAAGUUAUGUAAUUGGAUUACUUUUGUCAAAUAACUAAAGUAACGUAUCUGAACAUGUACUUCUCACUUGCACAAAAACGGAUUCAGUAUUCCUCAAAAUGAAUAAAAACAGACACAAUCUUGGAAUAAUUAAAUGUUAAAUAACACAAAUACUGAUAAAACCAAUUUAGUGUCUUUGCAACUGACCUCUGAUCCAAUUUAACCGUGCCAAUAAGCAGAAAUGACCUUAGAUAAAUUAUGUUUUAUUCAUUAAAAUGCUUUUUUAAAAAACAAAAAGUGUGUACAGACAUGAUUUUGCAUAAAAAUAGAAGUUCUAUAAAGAAAACAAGCCCAUCCUAGUUGCGAAAAAAUAAAGUUCCACAUCAUUACAUACUUUUUAAAAAUGGAAUUAUGUGAUAUUGUUAAAUUAAGUAUAAUAAAAAAAUAUAUAUAUAUAUAUAAAAAAAAAAAAACCCGCUGGUGCAACUGAUGCAGUUAAAGAAAAUGGUAAUGAGUAAAUCAUGUUUUUUACCAAAUAAAAAUGUAGUUCAGUUAUUGGAUUCUGUCUUGAACUAAAAUGGUAAGUUGCCACAUGUUUAAUAAAACUAUUUAUGUAUUAUGACUCAGGCUACUUUAAGAACAAGUAACAAAGGAGUGUGUUUCUUUAUCUUAUUUUCAUCUUGCAAAUAAAGAGUUGCAGAAACUUAUUUUGAAAAGUGAGUAUGAAAACCAUAGAUAGAUAGAUAGAUAGAUAGAUAGAUAGAUAGAUAGAUAGAUAGAUAGAUAGAUAGAUAGAUAGAUAGAAUCUAUGAUAAAAACAACCAACUAAACACACAUGACGUCACUUAGUUACAAUGUUGAUAGUAACCAAGCGUCCAGAAUCAAACGAAAACAUGAACGAUCUUUCUACAGAAGAAGGAACAAGAGCGGAGCCUGAACCGUCGUCUAAUAUCACUGAAAAAACCACAAGCGAUGUCUACAAAGUGGAUAAAAACUUGCCUGGUCGCUUUAACAAUCCGGAGUGUUUCAGAGGAUACAGCCAGAAAAUGAUCAACCCUUUAUACCAAACGACAAAUCAAACAUACGGAAGCAAAAAACCAACAGUUCAUGAAAUGCCGACAGCCUUUAACGGAAGUCGCAGGAAGUUUUCUGAGCAUCUUCUGAAAAGCGGCAUGUACAAGGACAACGGCUUUAACACGGCACUGAACAAGAGUCGACUCACUGGACCCAAUGAAACCACUGCGUUUCACAAUAGAAUCAAUUUUCAUUACUUCUACCGCGCAGAUGGGAAAUCACAGUAAAAAUAACAUUGAUUCUAUCUCUCGCUUGUACACGAUAGCUAAUUUGUGAUGCUAGUAAGGAUUUAAUUGCAAUGUGUUUGCUAUUUGGUUGUUUAGAAGAAUGGUUACUUUACCCUCACGUUGUUCCAAACGGCCUUCUGUGAAACAAAAGAUAUUUUAACCAUGGUCCGUGCAACGUCAGUGUGCUUAAAUGUUGUUGGUUCCCAACAGUCUUCAAAAUAUCUCAUUUUAAUACCAGGAGGGUGAGUAAAGUGUGACAGAAUUGAAUUUUGUGGGUGAUCUCUUCAUCUUACAGCCCACUGGAUGAUGGAUUCCAACCUGCGGGGUUAAUAAAAGUACACAACCAAGUCA